GAAAGAAGUGGAAUUUCGCCACCCUCUUUCCCGUAGUCUCUUCAAAACAGUAUUUCGUUAUAUCACGAUCAUUGUAAACCUAAAUAUUGAGCCUUUCUUAACUACAAUCAUUGGAAACCUAAAUAUUGAGCCUACCUUAACAAUCCGUAAUUUAGAGCCUCUAAUGUCAGGCUAUGUCACAGAUCUUUCGGUCGCCUGCCUUGCCCAUUUUGAACUCUAAUGGAGAAUUUCUACUCAUUUUUAUUUAUAUUUUUGUUUCUCCACACAAAAGCUUAAUCUUGUUUAAGUUAAAUUGUCUGUAUAAACUAUUUGUGGGGGGAUUUGCUCUGUUAGUAGAAAAAGUAAUAUGCCUUAUUUUUUUUGUAUGCAAAGUGCAAACUGAUUUCAUCUCAUGGUCGUCAAAUGCUUAUGUGCCUGCUAACUAUUUGUGUGUUUGGACUCUUUAAUGUGCCUGCUAAAUGGUAUGCAUGGAUCUUGCUGGUAGUGUUCCAAGUUGUUAUGCCAAAUGUUUCUUUACUGGGACACCUAUGUGGCAUUUUGUCAGGCUUUGCUUAUACUUACAGCUUAUUAAAUUUCCUCAUUCCGGGAACAUCCUUCUAUUCUAAAAUUGAGGCCUCCUCAUUGUUUUCAAGUUGUGUAAGGCGGCCUAAAUUUAUUGUGUGCACUGGUGGGAAUCCUUCAGCCUUCAUCCCUACAUAUUCAACCCAAGGUACACCAUGUAGUGGAUUCUCUGCUGGAAGUAUCUGGAGAAACUUGUCUCCGUGGAUCCCACGUAGGGAAACAUCUGUACAGUCAGCACAAGACGGUCACAGGUUUCCUGGGAGGGGAAGAACACUUGCAUCUGGUCGAAGUACUGUUUCUGAUGUGGAUUCAGAAUCAAAUUUACAGGCUAGACUCUUGGACAAUAGCAACUCAGAACGUCCAUCAGAUGUGGCAGUUAUUGGUACAGGACAGCAGUUAUCUGAUGGAAGGCGGGCAACACUAAAUAGUGCAGCAGCAGAAAUUCCUGUACACCACCAGAUGCAGGAUUAUGUUGCUUCUGAAGAAGAAAUCAAAAAGCUUGUAUCAAUGGGUUUUGAGAGGACACAGGUAGAAGUUGCCCUAGCAGCUGCAGAUGGGGAUCUUAACGUGGCAGCGGAAAUUCUGAGCCAACAGGGCUAAAUGCAAGCAAGCAAGCAAGCUAACUCAUUGACUUCCCAAAGACAAAGGAUCACGUUUAUGUAAAUUUCCAUGUCUGCCUACUGUAUAUUGUUUUAGACCCGUACCGUGAAUAUUUGAUUCGGGGAGAAAGAUUGUGAAUAUGGUAUAUGACUACAGCACUGACAUAACAUCUGUUAAAAUGAAAGCAUUGAAAUGGUUUACAAUGCUGUAGUUUCUUCC